AUGGCCCAGGCCCAAUUGGGUGGGGGCGAAAAGCGUGUUGAAGCGCAACAUAGCAAAGGAAAGCUUACCGCCCGUGAGCGCAUCCACUUCCUGAUGGACGAAGGCAGCUUUGAGGAGAUCGGUAUGUUGGUUACACACCGCAGCACCGAUUUUGGGUUGGAUAAACAAAAGAUAUUAGGAGAUGGUGUAGUUACCGGUUAUGGUACCGUACAUGGCAGACUUACCUACGUUUUUGCACAAGACUUUACCGUUCUUGGCGGAUCACUGGCUGAGGCCCACGCAGAAAAAAUUUGUAAGAUCAUGGAUCUGGCCAUGAAGAACGGAGCACCGGUAAUUGGCCUUAAUGAUUCAGGUGGUGCGCGUAUACAGGAGGGUGUGGUUUCACUGGGUGGCUAUGCCGAUAUUUUUUACCGCAACACUUUAGCCAGUGGUGUCAUCCCGCAAUUCUCAGCUAUUAUGGGACCAUGUGCCGGAGGUGCGGUAUACUCUCCAGCCCUCACCGACUUUAUAAUGAUGGUGGAAAAAACCUCUUAUAUGUUUGUGACCGGACCUAACGUGGUAAAAACGGUUACCCAUGAAGAGGUAAGCUCUGAAGAACUGGGCGGAGCCACUGCCCACGCUACAAAAUCAGGCGUUACGCAUUUUACGUAUGAGAACGAAAUUGCUUGUAUUGAGGGUGUUAAGCGCUUAUUGAGCUAUGUUCCGCAAAAUUGUGAGGAAGAACCUCCACAACUGGAAUACAAGGCUGCCGAUGAAACCCGGACCGCUCUGAACGAUAUUAUUCCCGAUAAUCCCAACCAGCCUUAUGACAUUCGUGAGGUAAUUGAAGGUACCGUUGACGAGAAUAGCUUUUAUGAAGUACAUAAAGAUUUUGCCGGGAAUAUUGUGGUAGGUUUUGCCCGCAUCGGUGGCCGUUCCAUCGGUAUUGUAGCCAAUCAACCCGCCUACCUGGCCGGAGCCUACGGUGGCGCUUAUGACGUAAUGAACUCCAAGCACAUUGGCGCGGAUAUGAACUACGCCUGGCCAUCGGCCGAAAUUGCGGUGAUGGGAGCUAAGGGUGCGGCUGAGAUCAUCUUUAAGAAAGAGAUCAAAGAAGCAGAUGACCAUGAAGCUAAGCUUAAGGAAAAAGAGCAGGAGUACGCCCACAUCUUUGCCAACCCUUACCGCGCAGCAGCACGUGGCUAUAUAGAUGAAGUGAUCCGCCCCGACCAGACCCGCGAAAAGCUGAUCCGAGCAGUAGCCCGUGUAGCCUUUAACCGCCCUAACGUGCGCAAUGCUUUUCGCCCAAAAACUGUAGCUGAGCUUUACGAAGCUUUGCUGGAUGCGCGUGAAGACACCUCCAUUGGUGUGGUGCUAUUAUCCGCUGAAGGACCGUCCACCAAAGACGGAGUAUACUCUUUUUGCAGCGGUGGCGAUCAGAACGCCCGUGGUCACCAGGGUUACGUGGAUGAGGCAGGCAUGCCACGCCUUAAUAUCCUGGAAGUACAACGCCUGAUCCGCUUUAUGAGCAAGGCGGUUAUUGCCGUGGUACCCGGCUGGGCCGUAGGUGGCGGCCACAGCCUGCACGUGGUUUGUGACCUUACCCUGGCCAGCAAGGAACACGCUAUUUUCAAACAAACCGAUGCCGAUGUAACCAGCUUUGACGGUGGUUAUGGUUCAGCUUAUCUCGCCAAGAUGGUGGGGCAAAAACGCGCCCGUGAGAUCUUCUUUUUAGGCCGCAACUAUUCAGCCCAGGAAGCUUAUGACAUGGGAAUGGUAAACGCAGUAAUACCGCAUAAUGAGCUGGAAGACACUGCUUAUCAAUGGGCACAAGAAAUACUGGCCAAAUCACCUACCUCAAUUAAGAUGCUGAAAUUUGCCUUCAAUCUUACUGAUGACGGUAUGGUAGGCCAACAGGUAUUUGCCGGUGAAGCCACACGCCUGGCCUAUAUGACGGAGGAGGCUAAAGAAGGAACAUUGCAGAAAGAAUUGAGAAGCCCGCAACCUAUGCGGGCUUUUUUACAUCUAUGGAAUGAACUAAAACCUGUUUUAAUGAAAAAGCUAUUACUUUUUGGGGCUUUGUCCCUUUCUACUUUGACCUUUGGUCAAUCCUAUUUUUCCAUUGGUACCGAUAUAACGGGUGACGAUUAUUCCUUCGGUCUUGAUGUAACGGAGCUCUCCUAUGGGAUUUCUCCCGGCAACGAUUCUCUCUAUGUGAAGAUCACACAUAACAACCUUCGCAAUAGUGACUUUGGUUUUGCCCUGGCCAUUGAUACCAACCUGAACACAGCAGACGGCAGAGCGGUGAACCAAACCAACAUCAAGAACAAUUCUCCCAACACAUCUAUGAAUUAUGAUAUUCUGCUUUUGGCUUACCAGAACGGCUUCUUUCCGGGGGUGUUUACAGAGGCGCGCGAAGGAUCAACCGGUAACCUCAUCACUCUUGAUUUUGAGUUGGAUACUGUAGAUCCCCACUAUUCGGUGUUCAGGAUAGCCUUGGCUGAUAUUGGUGGGAACUAUGAUCUGAACCUCAUCGGUUUUUGCGGGGGUUUUGACAUCAGCAGUUCCGGUCCUUCAGAUGCUAUUCCCAACAGCACCUAUGGAGAGCUUCGUGAUGCCACCAUCGGCAUUAAUGAACAAAGCUCUGUAAAACCCUUUACAGUAUAUCCCAAUCCUGCUGCCAGCCAGAUUCAAAUUGAUGGAUUAAAAGAUGAUCAGCAAAUCCUUAUCCGGGACAUCACCGGCAAAAUCAUAGCUGCACCAAGCUUACAAAACGGGACUCCCUUGCUGGAUAAAAACCUGGAAGAUGAGCAGCUGAAGCAACUGGAAGGCUUGCAUGCCAUUGGUCGCCUGGGUAAACCUGGUGAAGUGGCAGAGCUGGUGCUUUGGCUGGCGAGUGAAAAAGCAUCCUUUGUUUGUGGCUCUUAUUACCCGGUAGACGGAGGUUAUUUGGCCCGUUAA